AUGCUUCGCCGCAUAUUUGCCCGCUUCUCCCCGAAGCUGAGUAAGGCGUACCCGAUGAUUGACCACACCUUUGACUGUGUGGUGGUUGGUGCCGGUGGUUCAGGGCUUCGUGCUGCGAUGGGCGUUGCCGCGUCCGGCUACGACGUGGCAUGCAUCUCCAAACUCUAUCCAUCAAGGUCACACACCAUUGCUGCCCAGGGCGGCAUCAACGCAGCACUUGCCAACUGUGAGGAGGACGACUGGCGUUGGCAUGUGUACGAUACCGUGAAGGGAAGUGACUGGCUGGGGGACCAGGAUGCAAUUCAGUACAUGUGCCAAGAAGCUCCGUGUGUGGUCUCAGAACUAGAGAGCAUGGGACUUCCCUUCUUGCGUACAAAAGAUGGAUUUAUUUAUCAACGUGCAUUUGGCGGCCAAUCUAUUCACUUUGGUGGAAAACAGGCGCGCCGGACGUGUGCCGCGUCGGACCGCACGGGACACGCAAUGCUCCACACACUCUAUGGGCAAUCGUUUCAGUACGGCGUGAACUUUUUUAACGAAUAUUAUUGCUUAGACCUGAUUGUAGAAGAUGGAUGCUGCCGUGGAGUGGUUGCCAUGAGCAUCGAUGAUGGCACAAUUCAUCGCUUCCGAUCCAAGUACACUAUUCUUGCCACCGGUGGUUACGGCCGCUGCUGGUUUACAACAACAAGCGCCAAGUCUUGUACCGGAGACGGGACGGCAAUGGUGGCACGUGCAGGGCUGCCGGCGGAAGACAUGGAAUUUGUGCAGUUCCACCCAACGGGAAUUUACGGUCCUGGUGUGCUGAUUACCGAGGGGGCCCGUGGCGAGGGUGGUUACCUCGUCAACAGUGAAGGGGAGCGCUUCAUGGAGCGAUACGCCCCCAAGGCAAAGGAUUUGGCGUCUCGUGAUGUGGUGUCACGCGCCAUUACGUUGGAGGUUCUUGCAGGACGUGGCUGUGGCCCCAAGAAGGAUCACGUCCUGCUGCAACUUCAUCAUCUCCCACCCGAGCAACUACAUGAGAAGCUUCCCGGUAUCUCCGAGAGCGCACAUAUUUUUGCGGGUGUGGACGUGACGAAGGAGUCCAUCCCUAUCGUGCCGACGGUGCACUACAACAUGGGAGGCAUCCCAACAUUGUGGACGGGCGAGGUAGUCAGUCCCCGGAAUGGCGAUGACGAUGCGAUCGUCCCAGGUCUUUUGGCGGCGGGCGAGUGUGCGUGCGCGAGUGUGCAUGGGGCAAAUCGUCUGGGUGCCAACUCCCUCCUCGACAUUGUUGUUUUUGGCAAAUCAUGUGCGAACACCGUCAUAUUUAACCUGACGAAGGAAGGACGCAAUCAGCCGGAGCUGCGGCCCGAUGCCGGGGAGUCGUCCAUUGCCGAUCUUGACGGCAUUCUGCACAACAAGGGGGACAUCCCUGUCGCACGCAUCCGUGAGCGCAUGAAGGAGACGAUGGCGCUCUACGCAGCCGUGUUUCGCACUGAGGAGAGCAUGCUCAAGGGACAGGGGAUCAUUGAAGAAUGUUACCGGGAUUACUCCCAUGUGUUUGUCCACGACAAGUCCCCGGUGUGGAACAGCAACCUUAUUGAGGCGCUCGAGCUGCGUAAUUUGCUCACAAACGCGCUUUUGACCAUCACUGGAGCUGCCGUGCGGCGGGAGUCUCGUGGGGCACAUGCACGCGACGACUACCCGGAGCGAGACGACCACAACUGGAUGAAGCAUACACUUGCGUACCUCGAUGACAAAAACGGUAAAGCCCGUCUUGCGUACCGCCGAGUACACAACGAAAUGCUAACAAAUGAACUUGAAAGCAUCCCUCCUGCCAAGCGUGUUUACUAG